GUCAUGUCUGCAGGGCUGCGCAACUUUUCUUAUACCUCUAACGUCCCUCUCACGACCCCGUUUACGACUUGAAUACCUCAAGAUGGGUUCCCCUCUAGAUACCCCCAUAUUGCCACUGUUGAAAGUAGUCUUUGAGUCGAUACUGGAGGUGUUCCUGCUUUGUCUAGCGGGAUAUAUCCUUGCAAGAAAGGGAGUGCUCGACAAGAAGACUCAGAAACAAUUGAACCGCGUCAACGUUUCAUUAUUCACGCCAUCGCUGUUGUUCUCGAAAGUAGCGUUCUUCUUGUCGCCUGCGAAACUGAAGGAACUAUGGAUCAUCCCAAUAUUUUUCACUGUUACCACUGUGGCAUCCAUGGCCGUCGCGUAUGUCCUGGGCGUCACGUUCAGGCUGAAGCGGUCACAACGUAGUUUUGCGAUUGCGGCAGCCAUGUUCAUGAACUCCAACUCGUUGCCCAUCGCGUUGAUGCAGAGUCUGGUUAUCACAGUGCCCGGCCUGAAGUGGGGAGACGAUGAUAACAAGGAUGCGAUGGUGGGAAGGGCGCUGACUUAUCUCGUCCUGCACAGUACCAUGGGUAUGGUGCUGCGCUGGAGCUACGGAGUCCGUUUGUUGGCUCAAGCUGAUCCGGAACCGGUUGAGAUGAGGGAUACGAAUGAAGCUACUCCUCUGCUGGAACCUGAUGAAACCGCCUUCCCUCCAUCCGCGGAAGAAGAGCAGAUCCACCGUCACGAAUACCCAGAGCAGCGGCAAACCAGUACGUCGUCAUCCACGCAGGUCAGCGGGAAAUCUACGCCAGAAAUUACCGUCGCUCGCCCCAACGACCACCUUAAGCCCGACGCGGCAUACCAGCCUAAAGACCGGGCCGCGGAUGACACCACGUCCGCUGAGUACGACAGCGCAACCAUCGACGACGACGAUUCCGACGAGCUCCUCAUUGGCCGCCCCGUCACGGAACCGACGUCGUCCCGGUUCCAGUCGCGCAUGCGGCAGACGAAGACGAAGUUCAGGAAAGGCUGGAAGAAGCUCAACGACUUCAUGACCGCGCCCCUGUGGGCCGCUCUGGCGAGUCUCAUCGUCGCGCUCAUACAGCCGCUGCAGCACAUCAUGAACGAGCACCUCGUGCCCGUCAAAGGCGCGCUCAACUCCGCGGGCAACUGCUCCAUCCCGAUCACCCUCGUUGUGCUCGGCGCGUACUUCUACACGCCGCCGGAUCCGGAGAGCAACAAGCGCAAGCUGCCGACACACAGCAGCGAUGGCGGGCUGCGCAGCGUGCCGUCGCAGGUGUCGCUUGCGGGGCAUAUGAAGAAUAUGUUUGCGAGGGCGAAGCGCAGUCAGGGGAUACGGACGCUGAUGAAUGCGUCGGGCGAUGAGGGGAAGAGGCCCGGCGAGACGAAGACGGUGUUCAUUGCUGUGCUGGCGAGGAUGGUGAUUACGCCUCUGGUGCUCCUGCCUGCGAUGGCGUUGUCGGCCAAGUUCGAUUGGCAGCGCGUUCUGGAAGACCCGGUAUUCGUUGUCUCGAACGUGCUCCUGAUUUCGUCGCCGCCUGCACUCACAUUAGCUCAGAUCACACAAGCCGCGUCUGGAGACGCCUUCGAGCGGCUCAUCAGCCGUACCAUUUUCUGGGCGUACUGUGUGGUGACCCCGCCAGCAACCAUCAUCUUCGUGGUUGUCGGUCUCCUGUUGUCCAAGUUAUAGUACCUUUCUUCAUACGCACGUUGUUAUGAUUUUUACUUCAUCCCUCAACCCUCUGCCCAUUCCCUAGACAUCCAAUCACCCUCGUAUGCACGCGAUCCUGUAUCCAAAAUGUCUUCCUCUUCUUGUAGACGUCGGUUGUUGUGCCGGCUCAAUGGGCCCUUGUAUCUUACAUAGGUUACUGGCGAAACACGGGGUUGUGUCUAAUAAUGCCACGUAUAUAUUUCUUUUGUUUGCAC